UCAAGUUCAUUGUCGUACAAAUGUAAACACCGGCAAUUUUUCGAUCAAUAUCAACAAUGAAACAAUGGUAGCUCAGCGCUGCAGACAAGGUUGCAACUUAGACCAUCAAUAUUAUUUCUAUUGGGCGAUUAGGGGCCCUUGAAGUAGCUUCCCCCACUCGAUCCAUAAAAGUCGGAAAAAUGUAUAUAACGGUGAUUUGGCGGAAACAGGACUAAGCAUUCGGCUUCACACCACCAAAAAGCAAUUCAGGUAAUUUUUCCAGUGUUGUUAUUUGUCGGAAUCGAAGAUGCAGAUUGGACACUGGAUUCUGAUGCUGAAUAUUGGAGGGAUUUUUGCCUAUACUAACUUUGCUGACAUCGAGUGUGGCCAACACAAAACAGUCAGAAAUGCGAAAAUAGUUGGUGGUGAAGACGCAGAAAAAGCGGAGUUUCCUUGGUUGGUCUCUAUAACCCGAAGAGGUGGUCACUUCUGUGGAGGUACCUUAAUCAGCAACAGAUUUGUUUUAACUGCUGGACAUUGUCUUUGCACGGGCAUUGGUCUUGAUCUUCUGAGAGCAACGAGCAUCAAAAUAACCCUAUCCCAGCACGACCUCUCCGAGAAAUCCGAAGAUGCCUACGAAAGAACCAUCAAGAAAGUCACGGUGCAUCCGGACUACGCGUGCAAUAAACCAAACAACGACAUCGCCAUUCUGGAGCUUGGUGAGAAACUUGUUUGGUCCGGCAGCGUGUCCCCAGCUUGCCUUCCGGUUUCCAGUAGCGGACUCGAAGAUUACACCGUAGAUAACUUGCUGGCUACCGUAGCCGGCUGGGGUUGGACCAACGAAUUGAGUUCGAAGGGAGGACGAGCCAAAGUUCUGCAAAAGGCUAGAGUGAAUGUUAUUGAGAACAAACAGUGCCAAGCGUGGUACAAGUCCCAGGGGAAAAAGACAAAAAUCCAGUUGACCCAAAUCUGUGCCGGACAUGAACAAGGUGGCAUUGACGCUUGCUGGGCUGACAGUGGUGGUCCCCUCAUGGUUGGUUCUGGCAGUCCCAACCAGAUGGUUGUGGUAGGAGUGGUAUCAACCGGAAUCGGCUGUGCUAGACCAUUCCUUCCGGGACUGUACACCAGAGUUUCCGAGUACAUACCCUGGAUCAAGAAAGUGAUAAAUUAUUGAAGGAAUCGAGACUGAAGAAAAAAUUUUAUUGUGAUUGAGACAAGUUU